CAUCCAGGAAGAGACAGGGGGGGUUGAUAGACGAGGGCGAUAGGUCUCAAAAGCGAAAAGGGGCCGUCAAGAUGCCGCAUUAGGCAGUUUAGCGCAAAUGGCAUUGGAUGGGCGGGGAAGACCGAGCCGGAGCGAUGACGAUGAUGUGUUCACGACGGAGGACACUCCAGAAGGGGCACAUAUUGUCGCGGAUCAGGGUGGGCGUCGCCGGGGGAGCAUAAGGAUUAACUCACCGCUGCCCCCCGCGUCCAAUGUUCGUGCACAGGGUGAUGGAUCAGCGGCGCAGGCACGAACACGCGAGGAACGAGUCAUCAAUUUAGAGCACAAUAAAGACGCGCAAAUGGAGGAAGCGCCAGCUAGUGCCGUUGUCCAACGUUGGAGAUCCACGCAGUCGAGGACACGCACUUCGCAGCCAGCCAGGGGAACGACGCCACGACAAUCGGCCACAUCGACGAUGCCACAUCAGCAACCCGCAACCGAGGGUGGUGGAUCAGGCUCUGCGGCCGUGGUUGGUGCGGCGCUGCAAGCGGUGCAGCCACACCCGGGUGAGGCGAACGUCGCGGCGGUAGCAGGCAACGAAACACCCUCGGCGGCGGACAAGCGCGGCCGAUCCGCGGACGCGGCCGAGUUGUACAAUAUCAUCCACGAGACACGUGAAUACUUCGUCAAUAUCGCGAGCGGCCUUCCUCUCCCGAAGCUCCCCAGAAGCGUCACCAUGCCGAAAUCCAACGUGUCACAGAUCAAGCUCACGGAUCCAGGGCAGCUGCAGGAAGCAUUGAGCCGCGUAUCGAAAGUUAAGAAUGUGGCGUUGCGUGUAUUGCACGGAUGGGUCUUCAAAUCGAGGUCUAGAGCUAGAGGUUACACUGUCGCCUUCCAAUACACCCUACAGUCUAUCGCGAUAGACAUCACCCGCGCGAUGUGGCAUGGUGAGGACUCGAGCGACGUCAUCAGCCCCGCCAUAUGCACGCACACGUUGGACAUGCGGAUGGACCUGCCACUCUGGUUUGCAGGGGCACACGUCGAAGACAGACUGGAAGACGACGACAUGGCGGCGUACCAGGAGGCUACUAUCAUGCGACUGGUCGGGGCUUCCAGCACACCGGUUGAGACAGGGCAGACCAUCGACGGAGGAUGCAUCACACACGAUCGUCUCCCACAUGUAGCCGACAGCUUCACGCUGCUGCUCGCCGCGUGUGAUAUUCCGCGUGGAUAUUCGGCGUGGAUAUGCGAAUGGAUAUGCGAAUGGCGGGAGACUAUCUGCGAUCGCACCUCGAGGCAUUCUACUUCGCGAACAUUCUUGCCAAGCCCCUGCUCGUUGCCUCCAUGCAUCGGGUAUUCGGCGGCACAGCAUCUCUUCAGUAAACGCGGUGACGGAGCGGCUGGGCAAGGUGAACAUAACCUUGGGGCACUUCCCCAACUACAUUCCCGAGCGGGCAUCUUGCGGCGCCGUCUUCAACCAUGACACCAACAUAUCAGGUCCCAACGAU